AUGCAUCUGCGUAUUGUUCAACGACGAUUAGCAUCUAUUCAAAAUAAUCUUAUAAGAACAUAUAAAUAUCAAUCAAAAGUAUUUGGAUUUAAUGCACAAUUAAAAACUAUUGGAAAUACUAAUGAAAUAGAGAAAAUUCUUCGUGAUUACAAUCAAGCUCGUCAAGCUAAUCCUCAUGCGGCAUUACUCAUUGAUGCUUAUCGUAAGCACGGUCAUCGUCUAGCUAAAAUCGAUCCAUUGGGAAUCAAUGUAAACACAUCAAUUCCUGAAUUAGAUCAAAAUUUAUUUACAGUUAAUUUUCAUAUUGAAAAUGAACAUGAUGCUCGUUCAUUAUUUGGUUUAUCAACAGAACAAUCAAUACCAAAAACAAAAGAUGAUUGGAUAAGACAACUCAAUGAAAUUUAUUGUCAAUCAAUAAGUUUAGAAUGUGAAUAUAUUGAAAAUGAUAUUGAACGUCUUUGGAUUGCUCGUCGAUUUGAACAAUUACGUACAUCACCGACAAUUUCAUCUGAUAUUCAACAAAGAAUUGCUGAACAGAUGCGUAAAUGUGAGACAUUUGAUCAAUUUCUUCAAGCAAAAUUUCCAACAUUGAAACGUUAUAGUGGUGAAGGAGCAGAAGGCAUGAUGGGAUUUUUUGAUUUAGUUUUUAAACAAUCUGUUCAAUUGAACAUUGAAAAUGUCAUUGUUUGUAUGCCACAUCGAGGUCGAAAUAAUUUACUUGUUUGUUUACUUAAUUAUCCAGCAGCAACAAUGUUUAGAAAAAUAAAAGGCAAACAUGAAUUUCCAAAAGAUGUAAAAUCAACUGGUGAUGUUCUUUCUCAUUUAUAUACAUCUACUGAUUUAACUUAUGAUGGAAAAAAACUUCAUGUUUCACUUAUUCCUAAUCCAUCACAUUUAGAAGCUAAUAAUCCAGUUGCAGUUGGUAAAACUCGUGCAUGUCAAUUAUCUCUUAAAGAUGGUCAUUAUGCUGAUACAGAAAAUGUUGGUCGACAUGGUGAUAAAGCACUUUGUAUUCAAGUACAUGGUGAUGCAUCUUUCGCUGGACAGGGUAUCAUACCUGAAACAUUUCAAUUGAGUCAUUUACCAAAUUAUUCAGUUGGUGGAAGUAUUCAUCUUGUUACUAAUAAUCAAAUUGGUUAUACAACACCUCAACAUCUAGCACGUUCUUCACGUUAUUGUACUGAUUUUGCUAAAGUUGUUAAUUGUCCAGUUAUUCAUGUCAAUGGUCAAUGUCCAGUGGAAAUUGCACAAGCUACUCAAUUAGCAUGUGAAUAUCGUGAUCUAUUUCGUAAAGAUAUUGUUAUUGAUCUUGUUUGUUUUCGUAAACAUGGACAUAAUGAACUUGAUGAUCCAACAUUUACACAACCAUCAAUGUAUAAAAAAGUACAAGAAUAUUAUAAACAAGAACAAAAUACUAAUGAAGAAUUAAAUAAAAAAAUUCAAACAUUUCGAAAUACAUUAGAAGAACAAUUUUCUAUUGCUGAUCAAUAUCAACCAAAAGCUCCUCAUCUUCAACAACAAUGGUCUGGAAUGAUACAAGCUAAAUCAACUCGUACUCAAUGGAAUACUGGUCUUAAUGAAAAUUUACUUAAAUAUAUUGGUGUUAAAUCUGUUGAUGUACCAGAACAAUUUCAAGUUCAUACAACUAUUGCACGUUCACAUGUACAAAAACGUCAACAACGUAUUGAAGCAGGUACUGGUCUUGAUUGGUCAACAGCUGAAGCAUUAGCAUUUGGUUCAUUACUUCUUCAAGGUUUUAAUAUUCGUAUUAGUGGUCAAGAUGUUGGUCGAGGUACAUUCAGUCAACGACAUGGAAUGCUUGUUAAUCAAAAAGAUGAUGAUGUUUAUAUUCCACUUAAUGGUUUAGAUUCUAAACAAGGUUUUCUUGAAAUAUGCAACAGUAUUUUAUCUGAAGAAGCUGUACUUGGUUUUGAUUAUGGUUUUAGUGCUCAUGAUCCGAAAAAUCUUGUUAUUUGGGAAGCACAAUUUGGUGAUUUUUUUAAUGGUGCACAAAUUAUUAUUGAUACUUAUAUCAGUGGUGGUGAAUUAAAAUUUCUUACACAAUCGGGUAUUAUUAUGUUACUUCCUCAUGGAAUGGAUGGUGCUGGACCGGAACAUAGUAGUUGUCAUAUAGAAAGAUUCUUACAGAUGACUGAUAGUAAAGAAGAUGGUAUUGAUGGUGAUGAUAUAAAUAUGCAAAUUGUUAAUCCAACAACACCUGCACAAUAUUUUCAUGUUUUACGACGUCAAAUGAUACGAAAUUUUCGUAAACCAUUGAUUGUUGCUGGACCAAAAAUUUUACUUCGUCAUCCAGAAUGUAUUUCUUCAUUAAAAGAUAUGGCUGAUGGUACUCGUUUCUUACCUGUAUUAAGUGAUAAUAUGUCUAAUACGAAAUUAAAUCCUGAAAAAGUUAAACGUCUUUUAUUUACAAGUGGAAAACAUUAUUAUACAUUAAAUGAAGAACGUAAUAAACGAAAACGAGAUGAUAUUGGUAUAAUUCGUUUAGAAGAAUUAUGUCCAUUUCCAGUUGAUGAAAUUCGUGAAGAAAUUAAAAAAUAUAAAAAUAUUAAAGAAUUUAUUUGGUGUCAAGAAGAACAUCGAAAUCAAGGUGCUUGGUUUUUUGUUAAACCAAGGUUUGAAAAUAUUAUUGGAAUUCAUCUCAAAUAUGCUGGACGAGAUGUACUUGGUACACCAGCAGUGGCUAUUGGUGAAGUUCAUCAACAAGAAUGUGUUCAAAUUUUAAAACUUGCGUUUGAUUAG